CUCAGCCAGAGCCGCUAACGCCGGGGGAUAGGGUGCAGGGACUCCAGAAGCAGCCAGGGAAGGGGUGGCCCACCACUCCACAGCCUUUCGCCACCAUGCCUAUCUCUCCAGUAAACAGCCGCAAGCAGCAGAACCUCUGGUUGAGCACUAUCGAACAGCCAAAGAAGUCUAUUAGCUUUAUCAGCACAGCAAAAAAAACCCAAAUAAAAGGAUAUAGUGGUUUAAACCAAAGCAGAAUGGCUAUGUCAAAAACCAUGAUAAUUGGACCUGAUGUAAAGGCAGAAAAAAUGAAUAUUUCCACCUCAAAGACAGUCAUACAGGUAAUUAAUGCACAGGGAGUUGAUGUCACUCCCCGACCUCUUUACCAUCCAGAUCCACAUACGGGUACAGCAAAGCCGAAUAAACUACUGACAUCACAAGAAGGAUCAUUUCCAUCAGAACUUAUAUCUUCUUAUAGCCUUUAUCAGAAUACAUUAAAUCCUAGUAUGUUAGGGCACUUUACAAGGUCAGUUUUAGGAAGCAGUACAGUUUCUAAGUCAAGUAUAUCUACUACUGAAUCAAUAGCAGAAGACCUAGAAGAACCAUCCUAUAAACGUGAAAAAUUGACUAGUUUUACAGAUUUACGAGUUGUGAGGGCAACGCCUGGAAAACUUGUAACCAAAGAAGACCUAGAAAAGACUAUAGAGAUAAUACUCACAGAGACGGAAACACUGACCUUUUUUGACCUACCAACAGUCGUGAUUUCUAUAGAGUCUGAAGAAGCUGAGAAAGUAAGGCGGAAAAACAAGAAUUAUGAGACCCUUUGUAGAAAUAGGUUAGGCAAUGACUUAUAUGUUGAAAGGAUGAUGCAGACUAUUAAUGGAGCACCAAAGAAUAAAGAUGUUCAGUGUGAAAAAAUCCUAAAAGAAGACAAAGGUGUAAUGUCCACUACUUGGGAUUUGUAUGAUUCUUAUAACGCUAUGGAGCCUUCUCCUUUACCCGCAAAGUCUAUACUUGAUUCAAGUUGUAAAGGAAAUGCAGCUUCUAAAGAUCGAGAGCAAAGAGUGCCGGGGAGUGCUACAGAAAAAAAUAGCGAAGCUAGUUCUUUAAUGGAUAUAGAAAAUGUAAUUUUGACUAAAAUCCAUGAUGAUGAAGAAGACCACUCGGAGACAAUAUUGAAAUCUGACAAAUUUCAUCAGGAUUUAUUUUUUAUGGAACGAGUUCUAAUGGAAAAUAUAUUUCAACCAAAACUUGCAGCUUAUCGUCAGCUUCCUAUUUUAAAAGAACCAGAACCUGAAGAACCUGAUGACUUUCAAGAAGGUGAAAAACAUGAAGAGACAGAGGAAGAAGGUAAGAAGGAAGAGGAAGAAGAAAUAGAAAUAAGUACGGAACAAUCAACAAUACCAGCCAAUUUAGAACGACUUUGGUCCUUUUCCUGUGACUUAACCAAAGGCCUUAAUGUGAGCAGCCUUGCCUGGAAUAAAACAAAUCCUGACCUUUUGGCUGUUGGCUAUGGGCACUUUGGAUUUAGAGAGCAAAAAAGAGGAUUGGCUUGCUGCUGGUCAAUAAAGAAUCCUAUGUGGCCAGAGCGUAUUUAUCAGAGUCUACAUGGAGUUACUGCUGUGGAUUUCUCCAUUGGAGCACCUAAUCUUUUAGCCGUUGGCUAUUACAAUGGUACCAUUGCAGUUUAUAAUGUACAGAGCAACAGUAAUGUUCCAGUUCUGGACAGUAGUGAAUCACCUCAAAAACAUUUGGGACCUGUAUGGCAACUACAGUGGAUAGAACAAGAUCGAGGGACAACAGGAGAUGACAAAAGAGAAAUACUAGUUUCUAUAUCAGCAGAUGGAAGAAUCUCCAAAUGGGUUAUACGGAAAGGACUGGACUGUCAUGAUUUGAUGCGUUUGAAGCGAACUACUUCUAGCAGCAGCAAGAAAGGAGCGGAAAAGGAAAAGAAAGGUGAAGCUCUGAUAUCUCGACAGGCCCCUGGACUUUGUUUCGCUUUUCAUCCUAAGGAUACAAAUAUCUAUUUGGCUGGCACUGAAGAAGGUCAUAUUCACAAAUGUUCUUGUUCGUAUAAUGAACAAUACUUAGAAACCUACAGGGGACAUAAGGGUCCAGUGUAUAAAAUAGCAUGGAAUCCAUUUUGUCACGAUGUGUUCUUGAGCUGUUCUGCAGAUUGGGGUGUUAUUAUAUGGCAACAGGAGAAUUCGAAGCCAUUUUUGAGUUUUUAUCCAACUACUUAUGUUGUUCAUGAUAUUGCCUGGUCUCCAAAAUCAGCUUAUAUAUUUGCAGCUGCAAAUGAGAGCAGAGUAGAGAUUUGGGACCUUCAUAUCAGCAUUUUGGAUCCUCUGAUUGUGAAUGUUGCUAACCCUGGAAUUAAGUUCACAACUGUCCUCUUUGCCAAAGAAACAGAUUGCCUUCUAGUGGGUGACAGUGAUGGACAGGUUGGUGUGUAUGAACUAAGAAAUAUGCCCACUGCUUUGGAUUCUGGCCGGGGAGACAUAAUAGCUACUUUGAUUGGAUCCAAGUCAAAACAACCAGGAUAAUUCAUCAUUACUAAUAACUUCUCUUGUUACUGUUUAAAGAAAAAGAAACAGUGUUUAAUAUCCAGUAGUCCAAUCUGUAUGCGGUAAGCUGGGAUUUUGAUGUUAGAAAAUGAUAUUUGAUGUAUAACUUCUUUCUCAACCUAACAUAAACUUAAUAAACUUUUA